AUGCGCUUCUACGCUGGGCCCCCAGUCAACACUUCCACUACAGUUCUAAAACGCAGGCCAGACUUGCCGUCUGCCGAUGCAAAUACUCCACCUAAGCGGAAGUCUCGGAAAUCCCAAGUUCAAGGCAAGGCUCUUGGCGAAGCCGUGUGCCUCUUCCCUCUUGGUAAAGAACCGAGGCCUGUAUCCGAUGACACGCCCGUUUGUUACUUUCUAUACGAAUAUUGCGUAGCGCCUCGGCCGGGCAUUUUCUCCGGCCACCUGGACUUUCUUGAAAGAUUUCUCAAAUCGGCUUCCCUCACAUCAUGCCUCUGGCCUGCAACGCUUGCCUCGGCUUACCUGUCGCUGUCACGCCAGUACAAGUCGCAACAGUUGAAUGUUAUCGCCCGCAAAUACUAUGGCGAAGCCCUUUGUUCCGUCAAUAACAUUCUUUCCCAAAAUACGAGCCUAUGGCAAAAUGAUACAUUAGCGGCCAUUAUGCUGCUGCAUAUGUUUGUGGUAACUAUCAUCGGCAUUCUCGACAUUUACCUCCUGAGGCUUACGCUAGUCCUCUGA